AUGCGAGUAUCGUCGUUACUGGGUUCUGCUUCACUGUUUAACAGGAGCCCUGCUUCGCUGCUGCAUUCUAUCCAGUCCGCACUCGAGCGGUGGCGGCCAAGCAGCGUUAAUUUGCGAAAGCGGCCGCGGCUCGUCGAUUGGUCAGAAGCUGACGCGGCACUGCAGCGGUACUGGGAUUGCCUGGCUACCGACGCGACAGCCUCCCUCGAGCAGAGUUUCCUGGGUGGGAAUGACCGUCAGAAUGCCCUUCAACGGUGCGACGGUUUUGCUGUCGCCCAAGCCCUGCAUCGAGCGGGUCUUGACCAGACAGCACCGGGUCUGACGCAGGAGGAUACGGUGGUUGUGGACAUACAAGGGCAACGGAAUGACCUUUCCAAGGUACUGAACCCUUUCCACCAGACGAUAGUCUACAAACUGCCGUCAGAAGGAUCGAUAGUACUCAAGCGGCCGGAAUUAGCGAACGAUUUUUGCCGCGCCUGGCCUCGACCUCGGCGUCGCUCGACGUCCUGGACCCUGCGUCCCGAGGACGCCUACAAGUACUUGAGGCUCUUCAAGCAGGUGCACCUCGGUUUUCAGUCCGGAGCGGUAUACAAACGCGGACACACUCUGUUCGCUAGCAAUAGAGCUCGUUCAGAGGAACAUCGCGAAGAAAUUUGA